AUGGACCAGCCUCUCGCCCCUCAACAGUCCCCCAUCCCCGAUCAACCUGCACCGUUCUCAGACGAGAAAACACCCGCGGCAACUGCAGCAGCUGCAGCCGCGGCCGCGGCCGCUGCAAAGACCCCCGUCGUCAGAGGUGCACGCGCAUGUACCGUCUGCAGAGCUGCCAAAAUGAAGUGCGUUGGAGCCGACGACGGAAACAAUGUUCCUUGUCAGCGCUGCAAACGCUCCGGCGCAGAAUGUAUUUUCGAAAAGCACCGCCGUGGCCGCAAGCCUGGCUCCAGACUGUCCGAGGCAUCCAAAAUGCUUCGGCGCCUCGAAAAAGGUUACAACAGCGCCAAGCAAAAGUCUUCCGUCGACGAGUCCCUCACUCUCCCCCCUCUCCAUGACACUCGCUCGGGCGAGAGCUCCCGCCCCGCCGACCCACUCAGCAGCAGCUCGCGUUUUUCUGCAAAUGACCUCCCCCCGCUCAAUCUUCCGCCCCGCAUGCACAGCGCCUAUCCCCACUCGUCCCACCAGUCCGACUCCGAGAUGGAUGAGGCCGACGAGACCGACAAGGCCGACAGCGGCAUGUACCCCGCACGCAUCAUCAAGCAGCAGAACGCACGCAACAACUCGUUUUUCAAGACCAUUCUCAACCCUGCAGAUCAGGAAGAGCCAACUGCGACGUACUCCCCUGGCAAUUCAGACAGAGGGUACCCUCGACACACCCACUCUCCGCCCUCUUUCGCUGCGCCGCAGCCACAGGUGUCCGUCGCACGGCUGUUCACCAGCGAGACGCCUCUCAAGGACCCCAUCGAGGCUGGUCUUAUUGAUGAACAGACGGUCGCUCACCUGUGGGACAUGUUCUACAUCCGCCUGAACCCGUUCAUCAAUUUGUUCGAUCCCGCACUGCAUUCGGUGGCGUACGUGCGCUCGCGGUGUCCAUUCCUGUUCACCACUCUUGUCAUGGCCUGCUGCAAGUUCUUCAAGACGGAGCUCUAUCUCUCCAUGCUGCGCCUCGCGCACGACUUUGCCGUGCGCGCAUUCGCGGAGAACUGGCGCAGUGCCGAGGUCGUGCAGGCGUUUGCGUGCAUGACAUACUGGAAGGAGCCGGACGACACCCGCACGUGGACAUACAUUGGCUAUGCGUGCCGUAUGGCGGUCGAGCUCGGCCUGAACCGCUACGUUGGCAAGCGCCAGCCAGGCGAGACGGACGUGCAGAUGCGUGAGCGGCGCAAUCGCGAGCGAACGUACAUGGUCCUGUUCGUUCACGACCGCAGCCUUAGCAUGCAGCAUGGGAAACACUGGAUGCUUCCCGAAGAUGACCUAGUCCGCCACGCGACGACGUGGCAUGAAGAGGGUUCAAUGCCAAUCAGACAAGAGGAUGUGAUCGUGGCGGCGUUCACACAGCUGCGCUCGAUAGCGGCAGAGACCACGGACGUGUUCAACAUGCACCAGAUGGGCGCCGCUGCGAACGCGGCCGACGUCAAUUACGAGAUGUUGCUGAGGAACUGCAACCAAAAGCUGAACCAAUGGGGCCAGAAAUGGACUCACGAACUCCAGCGCGCGCGCGGCGAGCAGUUCCAUUUCUCGAUUCUUCGGUUCUUCCAGCUGCAUGUGCGCCUGUUCCUCAACACGUUUGGUAUAAACUCGCCGGCGCAAGGGCCUGGUCACGUCAACGUGCAAGCGCUCAAUACGUGUUACACCGAUGCGAAGGAAAAUCUUCAAAUCAUGGCAGACGAUUUUGCGCGCAUCCAGAUGUUGCGAUAUGGACAGGAUUCGACAACGGUGAUGACAGCGUAUUCGGCUGUCGUUCUACUCAAGGCGAGCAAUUCAUUUCUGUCUCUUCUCCGCGGUUCUAACGCGCUCAGCGAGUUAAAGGAAGGUGCGGCGCAGGAGAUUCACGCCAUGAUCACGAAAACGGCAAAGGCGUACCAGGACGCGGCCCACCUGUCACCUGCGUCUGCGUCGGCGGCGUACCACGCCCGAUUUUUGACGUCCCUUGUCGCGAACGACGUGCAGAAGAUGCAGCAGCAGGCUGAGCAGGAGAGUCUGAAGCGCGAAAUGCCCGCCCAGGCUCGGUACCACAGCGCGCCUGGCCAUGGUGCCCUCAACGGACACUCGGCACAUGGAUAUAAUCACUCAAUGUACGGACAUUCUUCGGGCUCGGGCUCGGGGGACCAUCAUGGCUACUACAGCUCGCCAUCGUCAGGCGCGUCUGGUGUCCAGCCGCCAAGCGUGUGCGGGUCGUCCUCGACUUCGUCGGCCUCGCCGUAUGCACAGACGCACUCGCUGGGGUCGUACGCGCUUGUGCGUGACGCCGACCACACCAUGACGGACGCCCGCCCGGGCAGCCACAGCGGCGCAGGGAACGGAGCGCUGACGAAUUAUAGUCUGUCGGGGAUCUCGUCGACGUAUGUGCAGUAUCAGGCGCAACCUGUCGCGGAGCAUGACGCAGUGUAUUGGCGCAACAUGUUGAACGACCUCGGAUUCGGCGAAAGCGCGGAGCAGGCAUAUGGCGCUCCUGUGUACCAGACGAAUGGCGCCGUGGAUGCUACGUCGGCGCCGGUCGCUGUGGGAAGCGCAGGAGGAGGGGCGCCGGUAUAUGCGGGUGGCGCGGGCGUGUCGUAUGCGCGCAGCCAGCCGCACGUCGGAGAGGGCGUGAGUGUGUACGAGGGGCAGCAGCAGGCGACGCCGUACACAUACCCCGGAGUGAUGGGGACGUACCAGCCCUCUGCCUACAGUGCUCGAUGA